GCGCACGCGCGCGUUGAUUACAGCUGUGAGAGAGCUGCUGUGACAGCCGACAUCGCUCAUAUGUAACAAACAUGGCGGAGUCUACGAACAAUUCGGAGGAUGACCGACUGUCAUGUAAGAUCUUGAUUAUCGGUGCCGGUAUGGCUGGAUUGUCGGCGGCGUCUCAUUUGUUGAAGAACAGCGAGACGGAUUUCCUUAUAGUCGAAGCGCGCGGACGUACAGGUGGACGAAUCAUCGCGGCGCAAGUCGGCAACGAUAAAGUUGAGUUAGGAGCAAACUGGAUUCAUGGAGUGUUAGGUAAUCCCAUGUUUGAGUUGGCGAUGGCCAACGGUUUAAUAGACAUUGUGCACGUGCCGAAACCUCAUAAAGUAGUGGCAGCGUUGGAAGAUGGGAAACAGUUGCCGUUUCCCGUGUUGCGAGAGAUUUACGAGGCUUACGUAUGCUUUUUGAGACGAUGCGAAGAAUACUUUUUGAGCACGUACAGUCCGCCAGAUGGUAUAACUAGCGUAGGGGCGCACAUCGCCCUGGAAGCAGAGAUAUAUCUGUCGUCUCUACCACCUGAACAACGAAGAAUAAGACAACUGAUCUUUGACUGUUUACUCAAGAGAGAAACCUGCGUCACAGGCUGCGACAGCAUGGACGAUGUGGAUCUCCUGGAAAUGGGCUCCUACGACGAGCUUCAAGGCGGUAAUAUCAGUCUUCCUACCGGGUAUAGCGCUAUAUUGGAGCCGGUUUCGAAACACAUACCAAAGGAUCGUAUUCUUACGAAGCAUGCUGUAACAAAGAUUAGGUGGCAGAAACCAAAGUGCUGCCAGGACGAUGUCGACCUUCUGGGAAAAUCUGAUUCUAAAUCGAAUAGCCUUAUAGAAGUACAAUGUGAAAAUGGAAAGAAGAUCACCGCGGAGCAUGUAGUAUGUACAUUACCGUUGGGCGUUUUGAAAAGGACAGCUCAGGAUAUGUUCGAACCGUCGUUACCCGCAUACAAACUCGACGCAAUAAACAGACUAAUGUUCGGUACAGUGAAUAAAAUAUUUCUCGAGUACGAACGUCCUUUCUUAAAUCCCGGUGUAUCGGAAGUGAUGCUCCUCUGGGACGACGAGCGAUUAUCCGAAACGGAGAAGUGGGACAUCAGUAAGACCUGGUUUAGGAAGAUAUAUUCCUUCAUCAAGAUCUCGGACACGCUGCUGCUCGGUUGGAUCUCCGGUCGCGCCGCGGAAUAUAUAGAAGAACUAAGUACCACUGAAGUAGCAGAUGUGUGCACGACGAUCCUGCGGCGAUUCCUAAACGAUCCCUUCGUACCAACCCCGAAGAACUGUGUGCGCACCACAUGGCAUUCUCAAUCGUACACGCGAGGUUCUUACACCGCAAUGGCUGUCGGAGCGAGUCAACUGGAUAUCAAGAGUUUGGCCGAGCCGUUGGUUCAAGAGAAAACGGAAGACGAGACGGACGAACCGAUCAAAAUUCUCGUGGCGUUUGCGGGCGAACAUACCCAUUCCUCGUUCUACAGUACCGUACAUGGGGCGUACCUGACUGGUCGAACAGCGGCUGAAUUACUAUUGGGCACCAAACAAUGUGAGAAGCACGCGCUGAGUCUUAGUUGCGAAGAUACUAGCGAUCUCAGUUCGUGGAUACAAGGCAUUUCUUUAAAUUAAUGUUCAACGAAGAAAAUGUGUCGUGAUUGAAGACAUUUAUAGACCUAUUUAGCCAAUAUACAUACGCGUGCAAUUUACGUUUGUGCGAUUGUUUCCUUUUUGUAAAUACUGUAGUGAAACAAUUGUCAUUUUACAUCAUCAUGUACAUAAUGGUGCUUCUUCAGAUUUUAAGACUUUACAAUUACAUGUGGGACGACAUGUGCAUUUAUAAUAUUUUAGUUAAGGAAUAACGAAAGAAGCUUACCGAAAUUGUAUAUUAGUAACAUUGUACGACGAUGUUGCGAAUGCCGUGAAUGACAGGAAUACAUUCGACGAAAAUAUUUACGUUUCGAUGUGAGAAUGUUUGUAAAAUGAUGACGAAUAACGGUACGUGUUCAUGCAAGCGUUUAUCUUAUAAAGCGAUAUUAUGUUAUUUGCUAAAAACUCGUGUAGAUAAUAUUAAAUCGAAUUAAAAGACAAGCCUAAGUAUUUGCGCAAAAUAUAAUGACAUUUCUAACGAUAGGUCUUUUUGUGUGUACGCACGCGCGUGUGUUGGUAUACACAUGGUCAGUUGUUGAGAUUUAUAAUCAAUUCCCUCUUUGAUAGUGAAUCGUACAUAUACUUUUUAUUCUUCAUUUGCUCGUACGCGUUUAUUUUCAGAUGCAAAUUACUCGUUUGCUUAACUUUCUUAUUAUCACCUAUUUACAUAUUGUACUUACCGUUUUGUAAAAGAAAAUACUGGGUCGACUUAAUCUAGUCAUUAAGAUGAAGAUAUAAAAAGAAUAACGCGAUGCUAAAACAGUUUUACAAAGUAGAACAGGUAUUUAUUUAAGUUUUCAGAUGCAAUUAUGUGCCAUAGAUUGAGUAUUAACCUUUAAAAUAUUACGCGAAAGAAGAAUAGGAAACAUCUUUUUCAAAUAGCCCAAUUGUAACAUGCAUAUGUGAAUUCACAAAAUUAAUUAAAAUAAAAGUCAUUAUUUAUUAAUGAA